GGACCACCAUCACGCAAGAAGCGGUCCAGUGAACCAACAGUGAAGAAGAAUGCUGAUGUAUCUACUUUGGGUGUUGUUCCUGCCCGGCGCUCUGGGGACUGGAGGGGGCGUGGACUUGACCAUGUCCUCAGGAGCUUCCGGCACCGCUGUCGUCAAGGCUGUCGUUGACAGGAUCAGGUCCAACUGCAUCCUCGGGGACGACCGUCUGUUCCUGCGACGUCUGGCCUACGUGGAGUCAACAGACGGACGAGAUGCCAAGACAUACAGAUCUGGGUAUGACGGGGGCAUCUGGCAGAUUGAUGAAAGCAAGUUCCUGGAGACGAAGACCUGUCCCUCGUCCAUAGUGGCUGAGUGUAACAAAGCUAAAUCAGCCUUCAAUAUCGACUGGCGCACCACAUCCUGGUCAGACCUGAGGAAGCCUCUGUACUCCGGGCUGGCAGCGGCUCUCUACAUAAAGAAGUAUCAAAGCGGCAGCCCUCCCGGUGACGUCACCAGUCAAGCCUCGUUCUGGGCCUUAAAGCUGAGACCGAGUUACAACCAGUCUGUAUUCAUUACUAAGGCCAGAGCAAUGAAAGGAAUUGGUUGCAAGACUCAGCUUGACCUUGCAUUCAUCCUGGACGGUUCUGGGAGCGUAAGCACAAGUGACUUCAAUCGCAUGAUCAAGUUCGUGGAAAAUGUGACGAAAAAACUAGACAUAUCGAAAGAUGAGGUAAAAGUGUCUACUGUGGAAUAUGGUUCCUCAGUUGGGGAUGACAUUGAAUUCAAAGACUUUGCAUCCAAAAGCAGCCUGGUGUCUGCCAUAGCUAAAAUCAGAAAGAGUGACAGUGGCACCAACACAGCUGCAGCCAUCCUCCACACUGUCAACGUCCUGUUCAGACCAGCAGCAGGUGCGCGGCCAAAUGCCAAGCGUGUAGCGAUCCUUAUGACUGACGGCCAUUCAAACGAUAAAAACUUUACAAUCAACGCUGCUAAGAAGGCUAAAGGUGCAGGUAUUACCAUGAUAUCUGUCGGUAUAGGAAACGCUGAUGUGGCUGAGUUGAGGGGCGUGGCCACAGAUCCCUACUGUACCCACGUGAUCAUGCUCAACAGCUUCAGGGAGAUUGACAGUCUCCUGUACCAACUGAAGGAAAGUUCCUGUGGAGCCCUGACUGCAGUGGAGGUGAACAAGACCAUCAACACACAACUUCCCGUAAACGAGACUGUGGAGGACGCAUUUGAAUUUAAGGACGAUAACACCACAACACCCGACCCGGGCAAAGAAAAAGCAGUGGUGGGCGAGGUGGUGUGUGGCACUCUCAAAAUGUACGCUUCCUACACCAUUCGUCGUCCAGGCCCUGCCUACCAUGACAUCAAAGAGACUGCAAGUGAUGGCAAACCUGGCGUCAUCUUCUUUAACAAGACGAUGAAGGGGAGACAACUGUACAUUACUGUCAUUGGAACUCGGUUGUCUGUAUCAGUUGCCCAGUUGGCUUCGUGUGUCAACGCCAGUUUCAGCGUGCGGAUUUCCCAGCAACCAACAAGUGGGUCACCUUCAGGGUUAGAGAAGGACGAAAGGGACAAGAUCUUAUCCACCAAAAUCUAGAUAUUUUACAUAAACCAUCAGUCCGAAAUGAAGAACGGGAUAUUUGGAUUUUACAAACGUUAUCGGCUCCUGAGUAGCGGAAGUAACCUGAUUUGACACAUGGAAUA